UGGUUUUAUUUUAUGGGUGCGAUAAUAAAUUUGAUGGUCUGCUACCAAUUGUUGAAGUUUGAACCAAAGAGUUGAUUUUUUUUAUGACAGUGACGUGUACUCAAGCUAUCAGAUACGGAUAACGAUGAAGUGUCAAGAUAAAAACAUUUGUGAUGUCGACAUUUGUUUACGAAACAGACAUGGAUAGAAUGUUUUGACAUGCCGGCGUUCUAAUCGGAGAGGUAGUUGUUAGAUACUCGAGAGAAACUAAGUCAAGAUGAUGACUGAUUUUUCAAUGACGGGCAACUCCUGCGGCCAAAAUCUAUUGCGGCUAGUUGCCAGGGGAAAUGCUAUUAUUGCCGAGCUUAUGCGCUUAAAAAACUACAUUCCACCAGUUUACAGGCUGGAUUCAAAACAUCACAUACAAAAAUAUGGUCAAAUUAUUAUUGAUUUUGCUUAUUUUAAAGCAGCUACUACUCACGAACAAAAAAUCGAAAAUGAUCAAGUGCUUCAAGAACUUGAUGAAGAACUUAGGAAUAAUUAUUCAGAUAUACUUUCAAGAUUUUACUUGGGUUUUGAAAGUAUUCACAAAUAUAUUACCGAUCUUAAUAGUUAUUUCGAUGAGUUAGAUGAUGGAGCUUACAUCCAGCAAUCCAUAGAAUCUGUAAUGUUAAAUGAAGAAGGGAAACAAUUAAUUUGUGAAGCUAUUUAUCUCUAUGGAAUCAUGCUAUUGGUUGUUGACUGUUACUUUGAUGGUAGGAUUAGAGAGAGACUUCUUGUGUCGUAUUAUAGAUACAAUUCUCAAAGGGCAUCAUCCACUAAAGUAGAUGAUAUUUGCACACUACUUCGUUCCACGGGAUUUGUCAAAGGAGUAUAUAAAAGACCUUUAAAUUAUCCUGAAUCAUAUUUUCAGAGAAUACCCAUCAAUGAGUCAAUAUUAGAUCUGGCUAUAGCACGAUUGCGCACUGAUGAAAUUUAUAAUCAGACACGUGCAUUUCCUCAUCCAGAUCAUAGAAGUAUAGCUUUGGCCAAUCAAUCUUCUAUGCUCGUCAUACUAUUAUCAUUCAGACCUUCAGUCUUGAUGAAUCAAUCAGCAGUCAUGAGAGAAAUUGUAGAUCGAUUCUAUCCUGAUUCAUGGAUAAUCAGUGUAUACAUGGGCAUAGUUAUCGAUCUGUGCGACUGGUGGAGCCCUUACAAAGCUGCUAAAACAGCUCUCAAUAAUACUUUGGAAAAUUCAAAUAUCAAAAGAGUCGCUCAAAAGUAUGGCCAAAGAAUGGAAAAACACCUGAAAAAAACUGAAGAAGCGCAAGUAACUCUUUCAUUGGAUGAAGGUGCGAUAGGAUCGGUCAUAAAACUUAUUAGGGAGUGUAAUGUAACAUUACACUGGUUAUUACUACAUACAGCCCAUCCGACCAUUCAAACAGAAGACUCAAAACGCUCUAGAAAUCUGAAACAGUUAGUAAUUCAAGAGAGCAAGUACACUAUAAAUGAAACAUUACGUUUACUGCUAAGCACUGCUCAAAUUGAAGAUAACAUCAAGCAAAUGUACAAGCAGUUAUUGCAAGAUAAAGAAAACAAAUGGAUAAAAAGCAAACAAAAAUGUAUUGAAAAAAUGAUCAAGUUAUCUGAGGCUUUUACUGGCAGUAAACAGUUGGCCGACAUAGAAAAAAAUCCAACUCUCGAGUCAUGGUUUAAAGAAAUCAGUAAACAUAUAGAUUCAUUAGCUGAAGAUGAUGGAAAAAAAAUUAUGCAACUAUUGCAAGCCCUAGAAGAAGUACAAGAGUUUCAUCAGCUAGAAAGUAAUUUACAAAUAUCACAGCAUUUAACAGAAACGCGACAAAUUUUACAUAAUAUGUUAAGAUCAAGCUCGAUGAAUGAAGAUACGAUGAUUGCACUAAAUAUUGUCACAGAUUGUUGUUAUGCAUGGAAUAUAAUGGAAUCGUUUGUACCAGUAAUGCAAGAUUUAAUCAAAGGCGACCCUAAUACUGUUAUACAAUUAAAAGCACUGUUUUUUAAAAUGGCUUCUGCUCUCGAAAUGCCUUUGUUGAGGAUAAAUCAGGCCAAAAGUGCGGAUUUGGCGUCGGUGUCUCAGUACUACAGCAGAGAAUUGGAAAGUUAUGCUAGGCGUGUUUUGCAAAUCAUUCCAGAAUCCGUUUUUGCAAUUCUCGCUCAAAUUGUACAUCUUCAAACAAACGUUUUUCUUGAAAUACCGACAAAACUGAGUAAAGAUAAAAUUAAGGAUUAUGCGCAAUUGAACGAGAGAUUAAAGAUGGCAGAAUUGACAUAUUCAGUUUCUGUUUUUACAAAUGGUAUGUUGGCUUUAAGAAGUGUAUCAUUAGGAAUCCUGAGAGUUGAUUCCCACAGGCUUUUAGAAGAUGGGAUUAGGCAAGAGUUUGUAAAAAAAGUAUCCUUAGCAUUACACAACUGUUUAGUCUUUGAUGUAAAAUCCAAGGGAAUUUUGAUUCAAAAAUUACAAGCACUGUCUCUAAUAAUAGAAGGAUAUCGAAAAUCUUUUGAGUAUAUUCAAGAUUAUAUUAAUAUCAAUAGCUUAAAAAUUUGGCACGAAGAAAUUACAUAUAUCAUAAACAAUGCAGUUGAAGAAGAAUGCAGAGGUUCUACGUGGACACCUGGAAAAUGGGCAUUUCAACCAGAAGAUAAAACAAAUGUAAACUUCUUACCAACUGAUCCCAAUUCAUUGACAUUUAUGGGAAGACUUGCAAGAGAAUUAAUCCGAAUAUCAGAUCCAAAGACGACCUUUUAUUCUGAACAUUCUCUGGCUUGGUAUGAUCUCAAAACUCAAACAGAAGUUAUGAGUCACAAAGCCUUUAAAAUGAUUUUGCAAGCCAUGGGUGCACCUGGACUUGCUGGAUUGGAUAAAAUGAUGUCCCAUUUCGUCGCAGUUGAAAUGCAAAAAGUCGUUAAAUUUAUCAACGAAGGCUUGAGAAACAAAACUUGGGCAAAUACCUUAAAAGACUGUGAAACACUAUCUCAAAAUACAGAAAGCUUGAGAAAUAAUCGAUCUAAAUUUUUAUCAACUGUAAAUACCUUAGUCAGCAAAGUUUGGUCGUCGCUGUUCGAUUCAUUAUUGAAAAUCGGUCAUCUACAAAUUUUGAAGCAAAAAGCAGCUUAUGAGUUAAAUACAGCCUGUAAAUUUGAAGCAAGACAUAUGGAAGCUUCUCUUCAAGCUCUGAAUAAAGCAGUAUUAGAAGAGAUUAAAGACAAAGAAAUAACGCCGGAGCAAGCAGAAUUUAUAAAUGAACUCAGUGUUAGAUUGGAAUGGGCCGGUAUUACUGAUGUAACUAAUAAAACUUACAUUCAACCUCCAAAAGUCAGCAACAUGGCAUUUAUAAUGUAUCUUCUCACAGUACCACAGAUACAUAAACUUUACUAUGACAAAAAUAGUUUUAGUCUUAUGAGUAAGAAAAUUCAAGACUCAGUCGACGCCAUAAUCUUUAUCAUGGGUGUCCAAUCUAUCUUGAAGCAAUUUGGAAUAACACAAGUGAAUAAAUACGUUGAACACGUUGGUGAAUAUAUUUUAUCUCUCGUGAUAUCCGAUUGUACAAAAAUGACCAAUGAAAAUGAAAUGGAAUGUAUAACUGGAAUAUACUUUUUGGAACAAUACACAAAAUAUGCGGAAAUCUCGCGGUCUGUCAUCAGACAAACUAUUCCUGUGAUUGUACUGGACCAAUACCAAUCCAAAGUAAUUAAGUAA